CCUUGAUGGCGGCGCAGGCGAGGCAGCCGUGGCACGGAGCGGCAGCCACGCGCUAGAGAGUCCGCCGGCCCCGCCCGGCCCGCCCGCCCGUGCCCUGCCCGCCUCUCCCCGCGCGCCCUCCGGCAGACGUCGGCGCCCCGGUUCGGUCCCUCCGCCGCCGCGUGCAGCUCCGCCGCCUCCGGGCCGGCAGGGAGGGCACUGAUCUUCGAUCGCGAAGAUGGCUGCUGGCUGCCUGCUGGCCUUGACUCUGACACUUUUCCAAUCUUGGCUGAUCGGCCCCUCGAGCGAGGAGCCCUUCCCUUCGCCCGUCACUAUCAAGUCAUGGGUGGAUAAGAUGCAAGAAGACCUUGUCACGCUGGCAAAAACAGCAAGCGGAGUGACUCAACUUGCUGAUAUUUACGAAAAAUACCAAGAUUUGUAUACUGUGGAGCCAAAUAAUGCACGCCAACUGGUUGAAAUUGCAGCCAGAGACAUUGAGAAACUUCUGAGCAACAGAUCUAAAGCCCUGGUGCGCCUGGCUAUGGAAGCAGAGAAGGUUCAAGCAGCCCACCAAUGGAGGGAAGACUUUGCAAGCAAUGAAGUUGUCUACUACAACGCUAAGGAUGAUCUUGAUCCUGAGAGAAAUGAAAGUGAGCCAGGCAGCCAACGGAUCAAACCCGUUUUUAUUGAAGAUGCUAAUUUUGGACGCCAGAUAUCCUAUCAGCAUGCAGCAGUCCAUAUUCCCACGGACAUCUAUGAGGGCUCAACCAUCGUGUUAAACGAACUCAACUGGACAAGUGCCUUAGAUGAAGUUUUCAAAAGAAAUCGAGAUGAAGACCCUACGUUGCUGUGGCAAGUGUUUGGCAGUGCCACUGGACUGGCCCGAUAUUAUCCAGCUUCUCCAUGGGUGGAUAACAGUAGAACUCCGAACAAGAUUGAUCUGUAUGAUGUUCGCAGAAGACCAUGGUACAUCCAGGGAGCUGCAUCCCCCAAGGACAUGCUUAUUCUGGUGGACGUGAGUGGAAGCGUGAGCGGUUUAACUCUGAAACUCAUCCGAACAUCUGUCUCCGAGAUGUUAGAAACCCUCUCCGAUGAUGAUUUCGUGAAUGUAGCUUCAUUUAACAGCAACGCUCAGGAUGUAAGCUGUUUCCAGCACCUGGUUCAAGCGAACGUAAGAAAUAAGAAGGUGUUGAAAGAUGCCGUGAAUAACAUUACCGCAAAGGGGAUAACAGAUUACAAGAAAGGCUUUAGCUUUGCAUUUGAACAGCUACUUAAUUAUAAUGUUUCCAGAGCCAAUUGUAAUAAGAUCAUCAUGUUAUUCACGGAUGGAGGAGAAGAGAGAGCCCAGGAGAUAUUUGCUAAGUACAAUAAAGACAAAAAAGUCCGUGUGUUUACCUUCUCUGUUGGUCAACAUAAUUAUGACAGAGGACCUAUUCAGUGGAUGGCUUGUGAAAAUAAAGGUUAUUAUUAUGAGAUUCCCUCCAUCGGUGCAAUAAGAAUCAAUACUCAGGAAUAUCUAGAUGUUCUGGGAAGACCAAUGGUUUUGGCCGGUGACAAGGCAAAGCAAGUUCAGUGGACAAAUGUGUAUUUGGAUGCCCUGGAGCUGGGACUUGUCAUUACUGGAACUCUACCGGUCUUCAACGUCACUGGCCAAUCUGAAAAUAAGACAAACUUGAAGAACCAGUUGAUUCUUGGUGUAAUGGGCGUUGAUGUGUCUCUGGAAGAUAUUAAGAGGUUGACGCCACGUUUUACACUGUGCCCCAAUGGCUACUAUUUUGCAAUUGAUCCUAAUGGUUAUGUCUUAUUGCAUCCAAAUCUUCAGCCAAAGCCUAUUGGUUUAGGUAUACCGACAAUUAAUUUAAGAAAAAGGAGGCCCAACGUUCAGAACCCCAAAUCUCAGGAGCCAGUCACGCUGGAUUUUCUCGAUGCCGAGUUAGAGAAUGAAAUUAAAGUGGAGAUUCGAAAUAAAAUGAUAGAUGGAGAAAGUGGAGAAAAAACGUUCAGAACUCUGGUCAAGUCUCAAGAUGAGAGAUAUAUUGACAAAGGAAAUCGAACAUACACAUGGACACCUGUCAAUGGCACAGAUUACAGUUUGGCCUUGGUAUUGCCAACGUACAGUUUUUACUAUAUAAAAGCCAAAAUAGAAGAGACAAUAACUCAGGCCAGAUAUUCAGAAACCCUGAAGCCAGACAAUUUUGAAGAAUCUGGCUAUACCUUCAUAGCACCAAGGGAAUAUUGCAAUGACCUUAAACCUUCAGAUAAUAACACCGAAUUUCUUUUAAAUUUCAAUGAAUUUAUUGAUAGAAAAACUCCAAACAACCCUUCUUGUAAUACAGAUUUGAUUAAUAGAAUCUUGCUGGAUGCAGGUUUUACAAAUGAACUUGUCCAAAAUUAUUGGAGUAAGCAGAAAAAUAUCAAAGGAGUGAAGGCGCGCUUUGUGGUGACUGACGGUGGGAUUACAAGGGUUUAUCCCAAAGAGGCUGGAGAAAAUUGGCAAGAGAACCCAGAGACGUAUGAGGACAGCUUCUACAAACGGAGCCUAGAUAACGAUAACUACGUUUUCACCGCGCCCUACUUUAACAAAAGUGGACCUGGUGCCUAUGAAUCUGGAAUUAUGGUAAGCAAAGCUGUAGAACUGUAUAUCCAAGGAAAACUUCUUAAGCCUGCAGUUGUGGGAAUUAAAAUUGAUGUAAAUUCCUGGAUAGAAAAUUUUACCAAAACUUCAAUCAGGGAUCCGUGCGCUGGUCCAGUUUGUGACUGCAAAAGAAACAGUGAUGUAAUGGACUGUGUCAUUCUAGAUGAUGGCGGAUUUCUUUUGAUGGCCAAUCACGAUGAUUACACUAAUCAGAUUGGACGUUUUUUUGGAGAGAUUGACCCAAGCAUGAUGAGACACCUGGUUAAUAUAUCACUUUAUGCAUUCAAUAAAUCAUAUGACUAUCAGUCGGUGUGCGAUCCAGGGGCAGCACCAAAGCAAGGGGCAGGACAUCGUUCAGCAUACGUGCCAUCAAUUGCAGACAUACUACAGAUUGGCUGGUGGGCCACUGCUGCUGCCUGGUCUAUUCUCCAGCAGCUGCUCUUGAGUUUGACAUUUCCACGGCUCCUUGAGGCAGUUGAGAUGGAGGAAGACGACUUCACGGCCACCCUGUCUAAGCAGAGCUGCAUCACAGAACAAACACAGUACUUCUUCAAGAACGAUACUAAAUCAUUCAGUGGUUUACUGGACUGUGGAAAUUGUUCCAGGAUUUUUCAUGUAGAAAAACUUAUGAACACCAACUUAGUAUUCAUAAUGGUGGAGAGCAAAGGGACAUGCCCAUGUGACACCCGGCUGCUCAUGCAAGCGGAACAGACAUCUGAUGGUCCCGAUCCUUGUGACAUGGUUAAGCAGCCCAGAUACCGAAAAGGACCAGAUGUCUGCUUUGAUAACAAUGUGCUGGAGGAUUAUACCGACUGUGGUGGUGUUUCUGGAUUAAAUCCUUCCUUAUGGUCAAUCUUUGGACUCCAAUUUAUACUCCUUUGGCUGGUAUCUGGCAGCAGACACUACCUAUUGUGACCUUCUAAACCCCAGAUCUGUAACUAAAUUCCAAGCCCUGCCAAAACAUGAGCUCUCAGUUACAUUAAAAUAGAGUCCGUUGAAGAAGCGAUACAGAACCUUAGCUGGGCCUGUACCAUGAGUAACUGUAAGACUUAGAUUCUUGACCAUCGCUGGCUGCAUGUCAGGGUGUUGGAAACUGAAACUUGUGUGAAUAUGCUGCAUCAUCUAUGUCUAACAUCAAAGCAAAACUCUACGUGUUCUCUGUGGGAGGUUUGGGAGUUCACUGUUGCACUGUUGGAGAUUACGUGUAAAAGGUUCCCCCACGCAGGCCUUAUGAAAAGAAGUGGUCUUGACUUUGACCUAGAAUUUCAACUUGCUGCAGUUUUACCAAGAAGAAGAAGAAAAAAAAGAAAGCCCUAGUGAGUGAGGGCCAAUGAUAUUUUUGCCUUCACUUAUUUGCUGUUCAAAAGUAAUUCCUGCUGUGAGUAGUUAUUAAACAAAGAGAGAGGGAGGGAGAAAACACAUUGGUUUAAACUGAUGAAAUACAAACUAAUGGCUAAUUUUCUACCAAAAAAAAAUUGCCAUGAAUAAAAUGCCUUAUAAAAGAAUGACUUCUCUGCCAAAAAACCCCACAACUGUGACCAGUUGAAUUUGGGUAAGGUAUGACACAACUGUGACCAGUUGAAUUUGGGUAAGGUAUGACACAACUGUGACCAGUUGAACUUGGGUAAGGUAUGAAGUACUGGUGUGAAACCAAGGAAGGAAGGAAGGAGCUAAAGGUGCUUGUGGGUGAAAUUGGAAUCCAUGAUACAUUGCCUCAUAAGUGUAAGCCCUUAACUGCGUGAUGUAAUGUCCCUUUUGUUCACGGUAAAGUCAUGUAGUGCUAGCCAGAUAUUUAACACGCUCUAAGAGAAGCUUGUUGGGGGGAGGGGAAAUGUUUCCUUGUGGUUAAUGAACUUGGGUUGCCAAGGGUAUUUUGCAUGAUGCUGCUGCUAUUUUAACUUUCUGGUUUGUUUUUCUUCUUACUGUAGAGUAUAGUCCAUUGACAAGUUAACUGGGUGACAUUAUUGUCAUGUAAGAAUCUGAAUCUUGCAGUGUACAUGCACUUAAGUCAUCCUUAACAUGUUGUUAAACUACUCUGAAUAUACUGUGCAAUGUAAAUGCCGAAUGGCUGGGUUAGGCAGACGGCGAAAUGAGAGUUCAUGGAUUUUAUACAGACUCAUGCUUUUGCCUGAAAAACCUAUGUACAGAUAUUUUAAGUACAUAAAUCAGAUUUAACACAUUUAUUUUUUGAAAGGUACAUAUACGUUCUCAAUGAAGAUUUAUCCUAGGUUUCCUCUUUGUUCGUUUCAAUAGUAGCAUGUACAAUCUAAAAACUGCUGCUCUUGCUGCUUCUGUCCCUCCAUUUUGGUAUGAUCAUAUGACCAAAUUUCCAAUACAACUUCAUGAGGGUUUUUACAUUAACCUGAACAAAUAGGAAACCUUGAAUCUAUGUGUAUGCACAUGAACACUUGAUUGUGAAUAAUAAAAUUUGUUUUUAUACAGCCUCCUUGGUGAAAAGCAUUUGUGUAGUAGAUCAGAAAUUCCAUUAUAGAUUAAUAUGGUAGCAAAACUUUAUUUAUGCUUCUAAAAAUUAUUUUCAGGAAUAAACAGUAUUUGAAGAAUGGGUAAAAACAAUGAAUGUGUCUAGGGAGAAUAAUUUUACUGUAAGCUGAAAGUAUACAUAUAUUUUUUAUGGUAAAUGAAAUUUUCUUUUCUUUUUAGUUAAACAUGCCAAGUAUUGGUGUGUGCAUAUGCUGGACACUUUCAUAUAUAUAUAUGUCAUUUUCCCCUCUGAGUUAUUUACAUUCUCUAGCAUACUUUAAUAUGCUCCAUAUAUCAACAUUGCAGCCAACUCUUUAACAUAGUUUAUUGUUUGGGUUUAUAGCUUUGCAUCCACUGUAACUUCUUCCUACCACCAUGCUAUCCUAAGUAACAUUUGUGUACAUUUUGUAAGUUAAUAUUUUGCUUUAACUCAAAAGGGAGGGAAGGGCAAUCAGAGUCACUCUGCCAACAAUUGUCCAAAGAAAUUACAUCAGUCACCACUUCUAAUACGUUGUCAUUUUUUAAUCUAUUCAUAACUGCUGUUCACGUUUUAGAAAAGAAGGCGGUGUAAAGGUAGAGGAAAUAUGUUUAAGUCAUGCUGUUUGUUAAUUACUUAAACAUAUUAUUAUCUUUAGCUAGGCUAUUUUAAAUCAUGCAGAUGUUGGGGAAGGGAACUGCUAGUUUGUACAUAUAAGUGAUGCACAUAAAAAAACAUUGAAUUGCUUCUGGCAAACAACAACCUACCUUAAAUUAUGUUUAAAGUGUAUUGACUAUGUAUGAAAUUAUUGUUGUCUGAAUCGCUGUUGAACUUGGCGUCUCUUGGCAGAGCCCUGUUUGGUUUGAGUUCUACAUCUUUACAACUGUAUACAUGGUAACAAAUUGGGCACAAACACACCCUCUGACUAAAAUUUGCUUACGAAUAUUUGUGCUUUCACAUAUUUUUUAAUGACAGUAACACUCAUCCCAUCAAAAUUACUACAUUAAAUUUCACAUUUUUCUGCAAAUUCUGUUGACAAAAAAUAGUGUAGUCUGUUAUUUCCAAAAAGAAAACUAUAUAAACGAUCAUUUUCAAAAGCUUUUAAACUGUUUUUACUUAGUUAAUUGUUGCUCCACUCACGUAGCUCAAUGCACUUUGUCACGUAAACAAAGUCAAAACAAGUCCGGCAUUGGUGUUGAGUAGCAGAAAAGAAUUUUUGCAUAAAUGGUUUCAUCUUUUCUUCAUUUGAACAACCAGCAUUACUGCCAAACACCAAUCGUGGUCCAUAUUUGUACCAGGUUUUUAACAUGACAUAGUUUGCAAGUUUGAUUGAAGAGAUUUUUAGGUCCUGGGCCUACAAGAUUUUAGUAUGGUCUUUUUUCAUGUUUCUAAUGCUUGAAGCAUUAUUGCUUACCUUGGGAACCACAGCAUUGCUGCCAUUUGUAAGUUUUCCUAUAUAUAAUAUUCCUUUUAUUAACUGUAAAACUGGCCUUAUGGGGUUCAAAUAGGCAGUAUCCCUUUUAAGUGACCUUUGCAACCCAAGUGUUACUUGCUUAUUUGAUGCUCUCUUGUACUUUAUAUCUCAUUUGAACGCCUGUCUUGGAGUCACCAAAGCUUAAAUUCUACAUCUUAAUUUAAAACUAAAGGCAUAGAGUCUAACCUAGCGAGACACAAUGGAGUUUGUGAUGUUUUUUUUUCCACUUGCCCCAAAUUCCAAAUAUUUUAUCACUAGCUGGAACUCGUGUUGUUUACCAGGGCAGAAUGUUGGUAUUGUCAACAUUCAGUGUACAUUUCUGUAAAGAGCAAAUCACUAAAACAGAACUGCCAGGUGAUGAAAAUGUCGAGAAUUUUGCAGAAAUAGUUAGCUGUUACCGGUGUUUUCAUCUACCUUGUUUCUAGUUCUCAUAAAAAAGAACCAUGGAAAUUCCACUGAGCCUCUUGGCAUGCUGUCCUGUGUAGAUGCCAACUGAGUUUCCAGUGUGACCUGGCAAAGCUGUCCUUUCCUUGUGCGGUAUGACUGUGGGAUCAUGUUUUAGGGAUUCUUUUCAUGAAAUGCUCAUUGUGCAGCAAGCAAAACGCCAAGUGGCUUUUGUGAACAACAGAUUUUUUUUUCCUCCCCUUAUUAUGUUCUCUGGACACUUUUGUGGAAAUUAACUAGUCGGAUGAACACAUUUUGUAAAAAUUUGUAUAAUACUGUUAUAAAAAAUAUUUAUAAUCCCAGAAAAUGUUGUGUUAAAUCUUGUGCAAAAACAGUAUAUUCAGAAUAAAAGUUUAUCAUUGAAAGUC